AUGGCGCCGCGCGGCACGCGAUUCGCCACCGGAACUUCCGGCCGCGUGGGGCGGAGUGAACGGGACGGAUCCGUGCCAGCGGGGUGGGCGGGGCCGCGCGUGCGCACGUCGCUCUGCGGGGGCGGGGCUGAUGGGCUCGAGGGUGGGGGCAACGUGAGCCGCGACGUCGGAAGUCUGGAGGAGCGCCUCGGUUUGCACCAGGCAGCUCCGCCCCUCGCGUUCGGGGUGGUCCUUCCAGAAGUCGGCCCCGCCCACGCCCCACGGCCGCCCACGCCCAUCGAGGCCCAGCCUGGCGCGGGGACUUGGCGGCCGUCCGCGGGCUGUGGGACAGAGAGGACCCGGGCUGCUGAGCAGCCAUCCUGGCGCACCACGGAGAGGUGCCGCGGCCUCGCGCGGGGGACUGGAAGUCCUGGACAGUGGGGCCUCGAUGCCCAGACGCCCGUCACCGCCCUUCCCCAGGCAUCCAGAGGAUUUGCCCGCGGCCAUCGAGGGCGGAGCGGAGCACGUGACGAGCUGGCGCUGCUGCUAGCGUGGAAGCUGGCGGGCCGCUGCCACCUGCGCCUGCAGCAGCCGGUGACCCCCAGAGCUGGUAGCAAAGCGCUGGGCCGCUGUCUCCCUCCACGGCCUCAAGUCUUAGCUGUUGCAGCUCCUGAGGGGGCAGCCUUCAUGUCCAAUGAGGCAGUGGACCCCGUACCUGGCCUGCCAGCCCUGCAGUAUACUCAAGAUACUACCAGCUGCACCUGGGCCAGGUGUGGAAGCAUGCCACAGCCCUGAGCCCAGGUGAGGGGACUGUUGGUAGGCUAGGAGAACAUUCAGGACUCUGGUCAGGAUGCAGUGUACAGAGCUGUUCCGCAGGACAGGGUGCCCUGGGCCCCAGACUCCCUGUGCACCUCCCAGCUAGUGCCUUAGGGUUGUGGAACUAGCGCUAUGGACCUGGGCUGUGGGGUAGAAGCUGCUCCCAACCUGCUCCCUGACCUCAGCCCUAGCCUAGCCACCCCUGAGGAUACCAGGCCAACCAGGAAGUAUAGGACCCAGUCCAACUGAACUUGACUAUGGCCUGCUCACCUGCCAGGUGACUGUAGGCGCUCAGUAAAUGCUUGCUGAACUCACUCCAGACCAUGAGGUCCACAGCCCCGCUCCAGGGGCUCCCACUUCCCACAUAGACAUACCUCAUA